AUGGAUGGAGCCAAUGAGAGCGCCCAGGAAAACUUCAUCCUUUGGGGGUUUUCUGGCCGCCCCCAUCUGGAGAGGAGCCUCUUUGUGGUCAUCCUGAUUGCCUAUCUCCUGACCCUUGUGGGCAACACCACCAUCAUCCUGGUGUGCUGGCUGGACACCCACCUCCACUCCCCCAUGUACUUCUUCCUCACCCACCUCUCUGUCCUGGACCUGUGUUUCACCACCAGCUCCAUCCCCCAGCUGCUCUAUAACCUGAGUGGACGUGACAAGACCAUCAGCUACACAGGGUGCGCCAUCCAGCUCUUCCUGUUCCUGGCUCUGGGUGGCGUAGAGUGCCUGCUCCUGGCCGUCAUGGCCUAUGACCGGUUUGUGGCGGUGUGCAAGCCCCUGCACUACACGGUGAUCAUGAAUCCGCGCCUCUGCGUGGGCUUGCUGUCGGUCGCCUGGGGUUGCGGAGUGGCCAACUCCAUGGCCAUGUCCCCAGUCACCCUGCACUUACCCCGCUGUGGGCGCCGCCGUGUGGACCACUUCCUGUGUGAGAUGCCCGCCCUGAUUCGGAUGGCCUGUGUGGACACAGCUGCCGUUGAGGGCACUGUCUUUGUCCUGGCCGUGGGCAUCGUGCUGUUACCCCUGGGCUUUAUCCUCGUCUCCUACGGCUACAUCGUGAGGGCGGUGUUACAAAUCCAGUCAGCCGCAGGGCGGCACAAGGCCGCCAGCACCUGCAGCUCCCACCUCACCGUGGUCGCCCUGUUCUACGGGAACAUCAUCUACAUGUACAUGCAGCCCGGGAACAGCUCUGCCCAGGACCAGGGCAAGUUCCUCACCCUCUUCUACAACAUUGUCACCCCGCUCCUGAACCCCCUGAUCUACACACUCAGAAACAAGGACGUGAAGGGGGCACUGAGGAGGCUGCUUGCUGCUCAGUGA